ACGGAUGAGUCAUGAGAUCUUCAGCCUCCAGGCUCUCCAGCUUUUCGUCAAGGGAUUCAUUAUGGAAUCGGAUCAUGCCGGACCAGAUCACUGUGUCGGAGUUUAUUACUGAGACCACGGAGGAUUAUAACUCUCCAACCACAUCCAGCUUUACUACCCGGUUACAGAACUGCAGGAAUACAGUCACGCUACUAGAAGAGGCAUUGGAUCAGGACAGAACUGCACUACAAAAAGUGAAAAAAUCUGUAAAAGCAAUAUAUAAUUCUGGGCAAGAACAUGUCCAAAAUGAAGAAAACUAUGCACAAGUACUAGAUAAAUUUGGAAGUAAUUUCUUAAGUAGAGAUAAUCCAGAUCUUGGCACUGCUUUUGUAAAAUUUUCUACACUUACUAAGGAGUUGUCAACGCUGCUGAAAAAUCUGCUCCAAGGCUUGAGCCACAAUGUCAUCUUCACAUUAGAUUCUCUUUUAAAAGGAGAUUUGAAAGGAGUCAAAGGGGAUCUAAAAAAGCCCUUUGACAAAGCCUGGAAGGAUUAUGAGACAAAAUUCACAAAAAUUGAAAAGGAAAAAAGGGAACAUGCAAAACAGCAUGGGAUGAUACGGACAGAAAUUACUGGAGCUGAGAUAGCAGAAGAAAUGGAGAAAGAAAGACGGCUAUUUCAGCUCCAGAUGUGUGAAUAUCUCAUUAAGGUUAAUGAAAUCAAGACAAAAAAAGGUGUGGACCUUCUACAGAAUCUUAUAAAGUAUUAUCAUGCGCAGUGCAAUUUCUUCCAAGAUGGCUUGAAGACAGCUGAUAAACUAAAACAAUAUAUUGAAAAACUGGCUGCUGAUUUAUAUAAUAUAAAGCAGACACAAGAUGAAGAAAAGAAACAGCUCACUGCACUUAGAGACUUGAUAAAAUCCUCAUUACAGCUUGACCAGAAAGAGGUGAGAAUCUCAGACAAAAUCAGGCAAGGAGGAUACAGCAUGCACCAACUGCAGGGAAAUAAGGAGUAUGGCAGUGAGAAAAAGGGUUAUCUUUCAAAGAAAAGUGAUGGGCUACGGAAAGUUUGGCAAAGAAGAAAAUGCACUGUUAAAAAUGGUAUUCUGACCAUAUCACAUGCAACCUCAAACAGGCAACCUGCUAAGUUGAAUUUAUUAACCUGCCAAGUGAAACCAAAUGCUGAAGACAAGAAAUCAUUUGACCUGAUAUCACAUAAUAGAACAUACCACUUUCAGGCGGAGGAUGAGCAAGACUACGUAGCAUGGAUAUCAGUACUGACAAACAGCAAAGAAGAAGCUUUAAAUAUGGCAUUCCGUGGAGAACAGAGCACAGGGGAAAAUAGUUUAGAGGAUCUUACAAAAGCCAUUAUUGAUGACAUUCAGAGAUUACCUGGAAACGAUGUCUGCUGUGAUUGUGGCUCACCAGAUCCAACAUGGCUUUCAACUAACUUGGGUAUUUUAACCUGUAUAGAGUGUUCUGGAAUACAUAGAGAAAUGGGUGUUCAUAUUUCUCGAAUCCAAUCUUUAGAGCUAGACAAAUUAGGAACAUCUGAACUCUUGCUGGCCAAGAACAUAGGAAACAAUAGUUUUAAUGAAAUUAUGGAGGGGAACUUACCAAGUCCUUCUCCAAAACCUACUCCAUCAAGUGAUAUGACUGCACGCAAAGAAUUUAUUACUGCUAAAUAUGUAGAUCAUAAGUUCUCCAGAAAGACUUGUGCAUCUGCAGCAGCUAAAUUGAAUGAACUACUUGAGGCUGUUAAAUCCAGGGAAUUACUUGCACUAAUUCAAGUCUAUGCAGAAGGGGUUGAGCUAAUGGAGCCAUUGCUGGAGCCUGGACAGGAGCCAGGGGAAACAGCUCUUCAUUUAGCAGUCCGGACUGCUGACCAAACUUCACUCCAUCUGGUUGACUUCCUUGUACAAAACUGUGGAAACCUGGAUAAACAGACAGCAUUGGGGAAUACGGUUCUGCACUACUGCAGUAUAUAUAAUAAGCCUGAAUGUUUGAAAUUGCUUUUGAAGGGCAAGCCAGCAAUAGAUAUAGUAAACCAUACUGGAGAGACGGCUCUGGACACAGCAAAAAGACUGAAAGCUAUCCAGUGUGAAGAUUUGCUUUCCCAGGCCAAAGUCGGAAAGUUAAAUCCGCAUGUACAUGUAGAGUAUGAGUGGAAUCUUCGACAAGAAGAAAUGGAUGAAAGUGAUGAUGACUUGGAUGACAAGCCUAGUCCAAUAAAGAAAGAGCGUUCUCCAAGACCCCAGAGCUUUUGUCAUUCUUCCAGCAUUUCUCCUCAAGACAAAAUGGCUCUUCCUGGUCUUAGCACUCCAAGAGACAAACAGAGACUCUCCUAUGGAGCCUUUCCCAAUCAGAUUUUUGUCUCUAUGAGCACAGAGUCUACAACUUCACCAACAGCAGCAGAUGCCCCUCCACUUCCUCCUAGAAAUGCUGGCAAAGGUCCAUCUGGCCCUCCUUCAACCCUCCCUUUAAGCACUCAAACCACUAGUGGCAGCUCCACUCUGUCUAAGAAGAGGCCCCCUCCCCCACCUCCUGGACACAAAAGAACCCUUUCUGACCCACCAAGCCCACUACCUCAUGGACCCCAGAAUAAGGGCCAAAUUCCUUGGGGUAAUGAUUUGGGUCCACCAGCCACAAAGACUGCAAACAAGUUUGAGGGGAUGUCUCAACAAUCAGGCACUGGGACUGCUAAAACUGCACUGGGCCCAAGAGUUCUUCCAAAACUACCUCAAAAGGUGGCACUAAGAAAAAUAGAAACCAUUCAUCUUCCUUCAAUCGAUAAAUCCAGUCAACAUUCUGAAAUCUUUCAGAAAUCGGCUUCACUUUCUAUCGAUCUGCCCCAGAAACCACAACCUGGAGAUUUACCCCCAAAGCCUCAGCCUCUGGAACCGCCCCAGAAACCUCAAAUUGGAGAUUUACCCCCAAAGCCAGGAGAACUACCCCCAAAACCUCAAUUAGGAGAUCUGCCACCAAAACCACAACUUGCAGACUUACCUCCAAAGCCCCAAAUGAAGGACCUUCCUCCAAAGCCUCAACUCGGAGAUUCUUUGGUUAAAACUCCCGGUGGAGAAGUAUCGCCAAAGACUCAGCUCUCAGAGGCAAAUCAAAAAUCUCAUUCCAUAGAUCUUUCUCCAAAGGUACAGUCUAGAGAGACCAUCCAAAAGCAACCAUCUGAAGACUCCAAUGAUGUAACUCAUGCAUUGCCAGACACUCCAGUGCCACUUCCUAGAAAGAUAAACUUGGGCAAGAACAAAAUUAGGAGAGUGAAGACAAUCUACGAUUGCCAGGCAGAUAAUGAUGAUGAGCUUACCUUUGUGGAAGGUGAAAUUAUUAUUGUAACAGGUGAAGAGGACCAAGAGUGGUGGAUUGGCCACAUCGAAGGAAAGCCAGAGAGGAAAGGGGUUUUCCCUGUAUCCUUCGUCCACAUUUUGUCAGAUUAAGUCAAAUUGGAAACUUGAGCAUUGCACAUCCUUCCUGCAAGACGGGCUUUUAGCACGAAGCAAACAGCUGCUGCAUCCCUGUAAUUCUGUGCACAAUUGUGGAUAUAUAUGUAUAUAUAACGGCUGUUAACAGAACGAGAACUCAUUGUUCACCGUCUGAGGUGACUUAACACUUGUAUUGUAAAUAGAUGGUGUUACUCUGCCUUUGCCAGUAUUAUGGUAGCCUUGGGACCUGGCACGCCUUAUUGGGUUUGCUCCAGCCAUCCUUGGCAUCAAGCACUUACAUCUCUCUGUCUGUGUGUAUGAACUACCACCUCUCUAAAUAUGGUUAGUCUCAUUCAGUCCCGUUUAACUGUACAGAAGUUACCAUUCCUAAUAAAUCAGUAUUCUUAAAAUAGAUAACUAGCAGACAGUUAGAUUCAGUUUUCAAAACGAACUGCUUUGGCUCAUUUACAGCCUAGUUUACAGCUACAAAUGUAUACAAUCUACAGCUUGUGAAAUCCACUUCCUUAGUAUUUGUUCCAAAACAAAAAGUGUUCAGUGUACACAUCAAACAAAAGAAAUAUUCACUGAUGCUACAGAUAGCCAGUAGUAUAUUAUGGUGUGUGAACAGCAUUUCAUGUUUGUAUUAUGUAAGUUGCAGUUUCUCCCUGUGAUAUUUACCUCACUUAAAACCAUCUGAAAGUCUUCAAUAAAAAUGUAUCUGAUGAAUGAAUGCAUUUGGGACUUUUGGCUGGAGGUUUCCUUUCACUGAACCAAGGACUCAUAAGAAAAAUAGUCUAUUCCCAUUUGCAUGCAUUCAGAUCCUUCCUUAGAAACUCUGAUUAUGCAGAAAAGUUAGACAUCUGUCAGCUUUUUAAACGUUUUUAAACAGUGUGACCUUGUGAUGAUCCAUUUGCCGUGAAAGAGAAGCUUACGUGAGCAUUUGCUUGCUAACUAAUAGGCUCAUCUAGAAAAUAACUUUGCUGUUAGGGGAUUCGAACCUUCAACCCAUUGGAGGAUAUUAAGCCGUAAUGUUAAUUUAGUAUUAUUGCCUGGAAAAAUCAAAACAGUUAAAAUGGUAAUUGAGAUGAAAGAAACAUAACCUCUCCUGCAAAUUAUCAGCUGUUAAUUAAUGAAACCAGACAGUAAUAUCUGGAAUUACAUUUGCUUUUAUUGAAUCCCAGUUAUGGCUCAAGAUUGAAUUCUAAGAAUCUGCCAACAAUCAUGGAACCACAAAUUUAAUACCUUAGGAAGGAUGUCUUUUGACCUGUGGUAGCUUUAUAUAGUUCUAAUAUUGCAUUACUUGCAGCUAAAACUCCUUCUUUGUUCUAAUCAAUGUAUCAAGGACAUAUUCAUUUCUGAUAUGAUGUAUCAUUUAUUUAUUACUGACCAUUCUUAUUUUUGAUCAUAUGAAGGGCAGAAUGUUCUUGUUCUGCUUAUGAUCAAUAGAACGUUUACUAUGUGGUUCUGUGUGUUUUGUAGGUUUGCCUGGCAUAUAUUGCUCAAAAGAUUACUUGGGCAAUAGCACAAGUUUCUUUUCCUUUAUAGCAGAUUCUUGUGACUCCAUGUCAAAAUGUUUCAUUUCACAAAAGCACAAGUUCAAAUUAAUCUCUGAGGCUUUCACUUUUGAUGUUUUACAACCCUGUACUCAGUGAAUAUUUAUUUUUAUUUAAAUGGUUAUCAUACAAAACAUAAUCAAUCUAAGAAAUCUUGCAUGAAGAAAAGCAAAAUAUUUAUCAGCUAUUAUUGGAAAGUGGUUUUUAAACAAUUGCUUCAUCCGUUUCAUGACACAUUUUGUUAAAAGACAUAAGCGUACAAAUGAGUGAGUGAGCCUGUUGGCAUCAACUCUGCUGUGUUACCAAUUUCAGUGUUUUCAGACUCAUACUGUUUAUAUGAAACCUAGAACAACAAUGACUUCACACACCAUAUUGCUCGUCAAUGCAAUGUUCUUCAGAUGCAUUAAAGAACAAAACUGAUCUAUCUUUUUUGUCAAGUAUAUUUUAAAAUUUUCUCAAAAUCCACAUUUAAAAAAAGGAAAAGCAAACUGUUUAAAGAAGAUCCAGAUGUGUAAAAUGAUGUAGAGUCAAAUGUCUAUUAUUUUGUAUGCUUUUUGAAGUAGUAUAAUAUGAAUUUUUUAAAAAAUAAAAUGAGUUCCAUCAGGAACAAGAGUUGACUAUUCUGGGUGAUUUGAGAGUCCAUAGGAGAAUUAAAUUGCAAUGUAUGAUAUAUAGGUUGAGUUUAAGUACAGUAUUGUCUUUAAACUCAGAGCCACUAUCUGCAAUUUUGUACAUGACAUAUUUGGAAAGACUGUUUGUUUUGGGAGGGUUUCCCCCUGGGAGAGGGAACAAUGUUAUGCAAGUGGUGUGUUAUUUUACUGUUGAACAGCGAUUGCUAUUUAUUUUUUUAUGACAUAGAGCAUCAACAUGUAUAGAAAGCAGAUCUGGUAGAGCCACUAGUUGGAAACUGAAGUCUCAUUUGAAUGUUACAAUCAUCCUACAUCAGUACACUCGUCUCAUCAAGUGUUUAAUGUGACAGUUUGAGUACUGUAUGUGUUAAUUUCUACUUUUUUAAUAUUUAAAAUUGCUUUUAAAUAAAUGUAUUCAGUUGA